AUGAUGCUCGGGGAAAGACGUGCAGAAGGAGCUUCGCAUCCUGGUCCCCAUCUCCUUUUUACUUUGGCUUCACCUUGCAAAGCUAAAGAAAGAGAGAAUUGCCUGUGCAGGCUCCCCAAGGAGAAACGUGUGCGGAGGCAGGGCCCGAGGAGCGGCGAGGGGCUCUGAUUCGGGCGCUCGCCCUGACAGAGGCAGGCAAACUAUGAGCACCUGUCGGGGAGGAGCUGACUUGUGUGAGAAGGUCACUUCUACAGCCUUGCUCUGUUGAUAAUGCUCGUAAGCCAGAGGUGAAAGUGUCUCAGCAGAGCAACACUGGGAAAUCUGGCAGACUGGAAGAGAACAGCUGCCCCCCAGGGCAGCUGCCGCGUGUGAAGCAUGGAGGAAAGUAAGAACGAGAAGGUGAACCAGGCUCAUGUUCUCUUCGACAGAUUUGUCCAGGCUUCAACGUGCAAGGGGACUCUCAAGGCUUUCCAGGAGCUCUGUGACUACCUAGAACUAAAGCCCAAGGACUAUCGUUCUUUCUAUCACAAACUCAAGUCCAAGCUAAAUUACUGGAAAGCCAAAGCCUUGUGGGCCAAAUUGGAUAAGAGGGGCAGCCAUAAGGACUAUAAGAAGGGGAAAGCAUGCGCCAACACAAAGUGUCUGAUAAUUGGGGCUGGACCUUGUGGCCUUCGCACAGCGAUCGAUCUGUCAUUCCUAGGAGCCAAGGUGGUGGUCAUAGAAAAGAGGGACGCCUUUUCCCGCAAUAAUGUCCUGCACUUGUGGCCAUUCACCAUACAUGACUUGAGGGGUCUUGGCGCCAAGAAGUUUUAUGGCAAGUUCUGUGCAGGAUCCAUAGACCAUAUCAGUAUACGUCAACUCCAGCUUAUCCUUUUGAAGGUUGCCUUGAUCUUGGGAAUAGAGAUCCAUGUCAAUGUGGAAUUUCAGGGGCUUGUUUACCCUCCAGAGGAUCAGGAAAAUGAAAGAAUAGGUUGGCGGGCAUUGGUCCAUCCAAAAACCCAUCCAGUAUCAGAGUAUGAAUUUGAAGUAAUCAUUGGAGGGGAUGGCAGGAGGAACACCUUAGAAGGGUUUCGCCGAAAAGAGUUCCGUGGUAAACUAGCGAUUGCUAUCACAGCAAACUUCAUCAAUCGCAACACCACAGCCGAAGCCAAAGUAGAAGAGAUCAGUGGUGUGGCGUUCAUAUUCAACCAGAAAUUCUUCCAGGAUCUACGAGAAGCCACAGGUAUUGACUUGGAGAACAUUGUCUACUAUAAAGAUGAUACACACUACUUUGUCAUGACUGCCAAAAAACAGAGCCUACUGGAUAAAGGUGUAAUACGGCAUGAUUAUGCUGAUACGGAGUUACUACUCUCUCGGGAGAACGUGGACCAGGAGGCUUUGCUAAACUAUGCCAGAGAAGCAGCUGAUUUCUCCACUAAUCAGCAACUGCCUUCACUAGACUUUGCCAUCAAUCAUUACGGGCAGCCAGAUGUGGCAAUGUUUGACUUCACGUGCAUGUAUGCAUCAGAGAAUGCAGCUCUGGUGCGAGAGCAGAAUGGCCACCAGCUACUUGUGGCACUGGUCGGGGACAGUCUCUUAGAGCCAUUUUGGCCAAUGGGAACUGGAAUAGCCAGGGGAUUUUUGGCUGCAAUGGACUCUGCUUGGAUGGUACGAAGUUGGUCACUUGGAGCAAGUCCUUUGGAAGUUCUUGCAGAGAGGGAAAGCAUUUAUAGGCUACUGCCUCAGACCACCCCAGAGAAUGUGAGUAAAAACUUCAGCCAUUAUAGCAUCGAUCCAGCCACCCGGUAUCCCAAUAUCAAUGUCAACUUCUUGCGGCCACAGCAGGUACGCCACUUGUAUAAUACAGGAGACUUGAAAGACAUUCACCUGGAAAUAGAGAACUUUGUGAACUCCAGGACACCAAAGCUGACUCGGAAUGAGUCUGUAGCUCGCUCUAGCAAAUUGCUCAAUUGGUGCCAGAGGCAGACAGAUGGGUACGCUGGUGUAAAUGUUACAGAUCUCACGAUGUCAUGGAAAAGUGGCUUAGCUUUGUGUGCCAUCAUCCACAGAUACCGUCCAGACUUAAUAGACUUUGAUUCUUUGGAUGAACACAAUGUGGAGAAGAAUAACCAGCUGGCCUUUGACAUUGCUGAAAAAGAGUUUGGAAUAUCUCCCAUUAUGACUGGAAAGGAAAUGGCAUCUGUUGGUGAACCAGAUAAACUGUCAAUGGUGAUGUACCUCACACAGUUCUAUGAGAUGUUCAAAGACACCAUCCCCUCUAGUGAUAGUGUGGACCUGAAUGCAGAAGAAAAAGCUGCCCUAAUUGCCAGUACCAAAUCUCCUAUCUCUUUUCUCAGUAAGCUGGGACAAAGCAUCUCUCGGAAACGUACUCCAAAGGACAAAAAAGAAAAAGAACUGGAUGGUGCAGGAAAGAGGAGGAAAACCAGCCAAUCUGAGGAUGAGGAUGUCCCUCGAAGCUACAGAGAAGAAAGACCUACAUUGGUGAGUGCCCUGACGGAGAGGAGGAUUGAUGCUGCCAUUGGGAAUCAGAACAAAGUCAAGUCCAUGGCAACCCAGCUACUGGCCAAGUUUGAGGAGAAUGCACCAGUGCAGUCUUCAACCUUACGAAGACAGCAGCCUGUCCUGCCUUAUCAAGAACGUGUUCACAACCAACCAUCCAGCAGACGAGAGCAGGGCCGUCUAGCUCCCAUGCCCCAGUGGAAACAGAUGAGGAGUAAGGAACGUUGUCGGACCUGCCCCAAAAAAGUGAUCAUGCUCUCUUCUUCCACUCCACCCUCCUCUCCACCGUAUCCCAGGCAGCAGAGAAACAGGGAACCUGGUGCUGACUUUCUUGGGGAGCAGAGUCCCAGACAAGGAAGGAGAUCUCCUCGUUUUUUUUCUGACGACCAAGUGCCUGAGAAUGUUGAACAAAGGGCAUGUCAGCUGGCUGCCCUCCUGGAGUCCAGGCCUGCCGUGAGGCAUCAGCCUGAGACUGAACCGUCUCGUCGAUUCUUUGUUGACCAGUGGGAGCUCUCCCUUAGCCUCCGUUCUUCUAAUCGCCCUUCUUCACCUUCAUCUGACUCUCUUCGACAGAAGUACAUAAAGAUGUACACAGGCGGCGUGAGCUCGUUAGCUGAGCAGAUAGCCAAUCAGCUUCAAAGGAAAGAGCAACCCAAAACCCUUCUAGACAAGAAGGAACUGGGUUCACUCAAAAAGGAGUUCCCCCAAAACCUGGGAGGCAGCGAUGUCUGUUACUUCUGCCACAAGCGAGUCUACGUGAUGGAGAGGCUGAGUGCUGAAGGCAAGUUCUUCCACCGCAGUUGUUUCAAGUGUGAAUACUGUGCCACCACUCUGCGACUGUCGUCGUAUGCCUAUGAUAUUGAAGAUGGUAAAUUCUACUGUAAGCCUCACUACUGUUACCGACUCUCUGGUUAUGCUCAAAGGAAGAGGCCAGCAGUGUCAGGAAAGGACACCAAAGGACCUCUGCAGGACGCUAUGGCAAGUGAUGGAAGUGGACGGGCAAAUUCCAUCUCCGCCUCAGCAGAGAGGGCCCCAGGUCCUAAUGUAAAUGGGCUGGAAGAGCCCAGCCUCGCUAAGCGGUUGCGUGGCACACCUGAGCGAAUUGAGCUGGAGAAUUACCGACUGUCGCUGCAGCGGGAAGAAGAACUAGAAGAGGUUCCUGAAGAGACGCUAGCAGAGCAUAACCUCAGCAGCGUGUUGGACAAAGGAACAGAAGAGGAUGUGCCCAGCAGUAGUUCGGAGUCUGAAAUGGAGGAAGAAGAUGAAGAUGAAGAUGAACUGCUGCUGCCUCAGCAACCCCCUUCAGACUUGGGUGGUGUGCCAUGGAAAGAGGCUGUGCGCAUCCAUGCCCUCCUGAAGGGAAAGAGUGAAGAAGAGAUUGAGGCUGAGGAGAAUCAUGAGAUUGAGUACAAAGAAGAAGAAGAAGAGGAGGAGGAGGAUGACGAGGAGUAUGAAGAGGAGGAAGAGGAAGAGUCUAGUGAAGAGGGGGAGUAUUGCCCUUGGGAGAGAGAGCUGCAGCAAGGUCUCUGGCUUCAACGUCUCUCAAAUGAAGAGGACACGGGUACAUUUAAAGCUGGAAACCUUAGGCUGCAGCAGAUUGUAAAUCCGGUUGAUCCUCUGGAGAUCCUGGCAGAUGUGCACUGGACACACAUCCGUGAAAAAGAGGAGGAGGAAAAAAUGGUGCCAACCUCAAAGUCCUCCACCUCCAGAGCAUCCGACCUUCCCUCCGUACGCCAUGAGGCGGUACAGGCGUGGCUGGAGACUGUCCCUGGAGCUCCAUGUGAGGAUAAUGAUGUGGAGGAUGAGCUGGGCACAGAGCCUGCAGACACAGAAGGGCAGGCGGGUGAAGAGGGAGACACGGGUGCAGAGCUGGAUGACGAUGACAUCCCAUCUGAUGCAGAAGCCGAGUUCCGCUUACAUCAAGGUGACACAGAACAGCCAGGACUAAAAGUCUCUGAAGACGAAGAAGAUGAAGAAGGAGCAGAAGGUACUUCUUGCAGUGUGACAGAAGAUCCAUGCAAGCCACCCAUCCCUAUCCAGUCAGCUAGUGACAAUGUUCUUCCUCUGUCUCCAGCUGAUAGUCCCAAAGCAAAACAAGCAGAGAAUGUAACAGAUCCUCUGGCUGCAGUAUCUUGUGCAAUAAAAUCUCCAGAGGCACGCUUCUUUCCUGAGCCUUUCCUUCUUGAGGAAGGACCAAAAGAUGAAAUUCCCAAAGACAGGAAAGCUAAAAGCCCUUUGGUGCCACUCUCUCCAGUGUUAUCACAGCCAGCUGCAUCAUCAGAAACCAUGGCACCUACAUCUCCAGCAGAAUCUCAGCCAGCAGCACCAACACAGGCUUCAUCCCCAACAUCUUCUCAAACGCCUAUCUGUUCCCAGCCUUUGCCUUCUUCUGAAACCUCUAUUCCAUCCCCAGCGGAACCUCCAGUAUGUUUCCAGCCUGUCCCAGCCUUAACAUCUACUCCUCUAGCCAAACUGGUUCUUAGGAGUCAGGAUAGUGAAGUGGAAAAACUGGGGAGCCCUACUACUGCAGAAGAAGCUCUGAAACGUAGUAACCUCGUGGAAGAGUUCUGGAUGAAGAGUGCUGAAAUCCGGAGAAGUUUAGGGCUCACCCCAGUAGACAGAAACAAACGCUCAGAGUCAAACUUUACUGUACCUGCCCUUGAGACAACUCCCCUGAAGGCUUUUAAUAGCGAGAGUGUUUCAGGGGAUGAAAGGACGCAUUUUGUGAAGCCCCAGCCUGCCCCAAGAAGGCAGGGACUGUCCAAGUUAGAAAACGAGCAGAUUUCUCUGCUCACUCCAAAAUCUCCAUCAGAAAAAGAACUGAGGAGUUCCAAUGAAGUAAAGAGAGAUGUAUCCAGCAGUUCAGGACUUGGCCUCCAGGAGAGCUCAUCUAACAUGAGAACUUUGGCUAGCCAGAGCUUCAACACUUCCGACUCUACCAUGCUUACUCCUCCAUCAAGUCCACCACCACCACCUCCUCAAAAUGAAGAACCUGCCACUUUGCGUAGAAAGAGGCAUCAAGCAGUUUGGCAGAAUGAGGCUGAAUCCAAGUCACCUCCAACACCAGCAUCAACGCCUCCUGUGGCCCCACGCCAUGAGCCAACCUCUGCUGUCAAAGAGUCAACCCAGGCCAAAAAAGAUGAUGUGAGGAAGUCUUUUGCAGAGAGUGUGGAUGAGAUUCCAUUUGCUGAUGAUGUAGAGGACACAUAUGACGACAGGACAGAAGACACAAGCCUUCACGAGAAGUUCUUUACCCCUCCAACAAGUAGGCCAAGGCCAGAGAAACCACUUGUUUUGCCACUGGUCAGAGAAAAUGGUGGUCUGCCCUCGUUGGAAGGAGGGGUUAACCAAAAGAAGAGAGCAUUGCCUGAAAUAUCUGCAGAGGCCAAGGAGCUUGCUGAAGAAAGAAUGAGAGCCAGAGAGAAGUCUGUCAAGAGCCAAGCACUACGUGAUGCCAUGGCUAAACAGUUAUGUAAGAUGAAAGAUAUGGAGAUGGCUGCAGCUGCUGCUGGGGCCACAAGGUCACGAAAGGCAUCUUCUAUGCCUUUGAAGACCAAAGAAUUGUUUUAUGACUCUCCAAAACAUUUGGCCUUGAAAAUGGCAGAGGGGUCCAUGCUCAAGCAUGAUGCUGCUAGUGAGAAGUUCUCCACUCCUGCUGCUGACAUGGCUGGACCUGAAGGUUCUGUCACCUCUUCAGAGGGCUCCAGUGGGAAGAGUAAGAAGAGAACUUCUAUUUUCUCCCCUCGUAAGAACAAAAAGGAGAAGAAAUCCAAAAAUGACAGCAGGCUUUCUGACAAAUCUAGUGGUGGGACAGAGGAAACAACAAAAUCUAGGUCUUUAUGGAAGUCUGUUUUCUCUGGGUAUAAGAAAGACAAGAAGAAAAAAGCUGAUGACAAAUCCUGCCCAAGUACUCCCUCAAGUAGUGCUACUGUGGAUUCUGGCAAGCACAAAGCUUCUCCAUUGGUUACAGCUGCAGAUUUGCAGCUCCGUCGGCACCUGAGUUUUUCGGAGGACUCUGACCUCUCCAGUGACGAUGUUCUGGAACGCUCCUCCCAGAAAUCCAAGCGAGAGUCGAUUUAUGUACCACACGCCUUGGCAUUCAAGAGAUCAUAUUCGUCAAAGAGAGCCUACACAGAAGAAGAACUGAAUGCUAAGCUGACUCGGCGAGUACAGAAGGCUGCUCGUAGACAAGCCAAGCAAGAAGAGCUAAAGAGGUUACAUAGAGCUCAGAUCAUCCAGCGGCAACUUGAACAAGUAGAAGAGAAGCAGAGACAACUGGAGGAGAGAGGGGUUGCUGUGGAGAAGGCCCUUCGGGGAGAAGCAGACUAUUGGGGAGAGUCUUAUUACAGUGACCUCAUCGACUUGCAUCUGGGUGGCAUGGGAAAGAAGGAUGAUCCCAAGUUGAUGCAGGAGUGGUUCAAACUGGUGCAGGAGAAGAACGCCUUGGUUCGCUACGAGUCUGAACUGAUGAUAUUUGCUCGGGAGCUAGAACUGGAAGACAGGCAGAGUCGAUUACAGCAGGAACUCCGGGAGAGGAUGGCAGUGGAAGAUCAUCUAAAAACAGAUGAGGAGCUCUCAGAGGAGAAGAGGAUCCUGAAUGAGAUGCUAGAAGUAGUGGAGCAGAGAGAUUCUCUCGUGGCUCUCCUUGAGGAGCAACGGCUUCGAGAGAAAGAGGAAGACAAGGACCUGGAAGCAGUCAUGCUCUCCAAAGGUUUUAGCUUGAACUGGUCCUGAGCUUGACACAUUUACCUCUGCUGGUCUGCGUUGUCCGGUUGGCCUACUCUGAGUUCGCCAGAAUUACAUGGAUAGGAAGAUGCUGAAGGGGAAAUCUCCAAAGGGUCUGCCAGCAUGCAGUGAUUCGGUUUGAAGCACUCAGAAGCCUUUUGAUAAGUGUGUUGGUUCCAGAAGCUUAAGUUUUACAUGUCUGCAAGCCAAGUUGAAGAUGAGUUGAGUUUGUGGAGUCUCCUUGAGGGUCCUGUACGAUGGGCCUCAUUUUUUGUUGUGUGGUAGGAGGGACAGGAAUAAUCCAUGUGUGGGGAAGGGGGUUAAGGGAAGAAGUACCCUUAACUAAUCUGGAUUUAUGGCAGUCCAUUCCUUUCCCAUUUUUACUACACCAAUUCUAAUAAAAGGGAGGGAAGUGGCAACCCUCUCUGGAAAACCACAGCAGCCUGUAGCAGCCUGUAUGGUGGAGUCAACUAUCCAGAAGAGCUCCAGAAGCCCAGGGCAGUACCUUCUUUGCUUUAGUCUUCCUCCUCACCAAAGAAACCUGCAGUUGGCCACGAUGCAUGGAUAUGAAGAAAUACGAGACAGAGAAGACACUACUAGCAUUUGUGAUGGAACUCUCUGUCUCCUGGUUUUUAAAGAGAUUUGGGCAUCAGAGGACCUGCUCCCUAUCAUAGUCUCCUAAAUCUUUAUUGUUGGGGAAGAAAGGGGAGAAGAAGAGAGAGGGAAGAUGCCCUUCUGCUUUGCUACACACUGGAGAGACAGCUACUGCUGGCCUUCGUCUUCAUGGCCACGGCUCAGAGGCUGUUGGGCUUCUUUGUUCUGUUUUUGUUGCGACUGUUUUGACACUGGAAAAUACAGACUGUGGGACAGUGGUAACUGUGUGCUGGGGCAGGGGUGUUACCAAGCAGCAUUCCCUGGCUGUUAGGCCCCUAAAAGGGAGAAGUCCUUAAGUGACUGAAACCACCAUUAAGACACUUCAGUGUUUUUAUUUUUUCCUCUGUAUUUUGUUUUUGCACAUUGGAAACGAAGCUUAAGUCCUGCCUGGGCCCUCAGUCACUUUGACCCUUUUAUGUCGAUUAACUUAUUUUUUUAAUACUUGAAAGAAGAUUCAUUUUUGUAUCUUUUAGGAAAAAAAUGGAUGAGUGAUGGGUGUGUGUGCCUGCUGCAUCCUACAACUUCCACUUCUAAAUUACUGGACGUUGUUACCUGUGGCUAUUUAUUAGUGUUCUUAUUAAUAAUUUUAAUGUUACACAUAUUUGAGUGUGGAGGGAGUGUUUUAACUCUGUUAGAGGAAGACACUACUGCGGAUUGUUCCCGGCUUCACAGCGAGGGCAGCCUUUGUGGACCCCAUGGAUGUAUCCUGCCCUAGCAGAUUUCCUUUACGACAAAAUCCUGCGCACUCAUGGAGUUGUAAGAAUCUAUUUUGUGCUCCUAGCAUACUUUUCUUCUGCAUCCCAGAAUCCCUCUGUUGGACUAAUAAACCUAUAAUUUAUUUAAAUUUUAUAACAAGAAAGCCAAAAAUGUGAGGUAGAAAUAUCCCAUAGAUCUCUUUCUCACUGAAAGAUGGGACCCUCACACUCUUUAGAUACAGCUAGAGGGACUUCCAUGAAAACAAAAAUAGCACAUUUCCUGCUGCAGCUGUUGGAAGAAGCUCCUUUUGGCUCAGCUAGUGAAGCUGCUGCUUUUAAGCCAUGAGGGUACUCACUGUAACCGUACAUUAAGUAACGAGCAGGACAUGCACUGAGCAGUUCAGUACCAUCCACUGUUGUACAGUUUCUCAGAGCAUACUACAUCCUUAACUUGUUGCACAGAGCUGAAAUAGCACUGUGUGUUGGGUCUGUGUCCCAUGCUUAACGUGAUGUGUUAAGAGGUUGUUCUUUGUGUUUUGAGUUUGUGGUUGGUUUUAUUUUUUUUAUUUUUCGUUUGGUUUGGUUUCCCUUGAGUUGUUGCCUAUUCUCUUUUCUUU